AUGCUCCCCACGCCCCCACCAUCGCCCAGCCCUCUUGCACUAUGCAGUCCGGGGGAGCAGGUCGGUGCCAUCUUGGCCGGUAGCAUCCAACUCACCGAGGUCAUCGGAGUCGGAGCCUAUGGGACUGUCUACCGCGCCCGCGACCUCGUGACCAACCUGCCCUACGCUGUCAAGGCCCUUCCCAAGCUCGGACUCGACCCGCGUCAAAAGGCCUUCCAGGACCGAGAGAUCAGGCUGCAUUACCAGGCCAGCCAGCAUCCCAAUGUCGUUUCCUUGUUGAAGAUUCUCGAUAGCCCCGAGUGCACAUACGUUGUCCUCGAGUACUGCAAAGAGGGUGACCUGUUUGCCAAAAUCACCGAGGAUGCCCACUACGUCGGUGACGAUUUCAAGGCGAAGCAGGUCUUCUUGCAGCUCAUCUCCGCCGUCCAGCAUUGCCACUCCAAGGGUAUCUACCACCGGGACCUCAAGCCGGAGAACGUGCUGGUGGAGGACAAUGGAUGGACCGUGAAGCUCGCCGACUUUGGAUUGGCCACGCAAGAACGCAUCACUUCCGACUAUGGAUGCGGCUCGACCUUCUACAUGUCACCAGGUACGUAUCGCCGCCUCACACACGUAUCGCCUCACAGCAUCCAGCAGCGCUAACAUGCUCCUGUAGAGUGCCAGCAAUCGAGCCCGAAACCGUUCUCAUGCUACGCUUCCGCGCCAAACGACGUCUGGUCCCUCGGAGUCAUCCUGGUCAACCUGACGUGUGGACGCAACCCAUGGAAGCGCGCAUGCCUGGACGACAACACGUUCAAGACCUUCAUGCGUGAUCGGAACUUCCUGAAGACCAUCCUUCCCAUCUCCGACGACCUGGACUUCAUCCUCCAGCGCAUCUUCGACCUCAACCCGCACCAUCGUGUCACUUUGGACGAGCUUCGGGACUUGGUCAUUCGUUGCCCGAGAUUCACGACCCAGGGAUCUUCGGCUCCGUCCACGGCGCCUCCCACUCCCCCAUACAGCCCCAUGAGGCAGCCCGUCGACUCUCCACUCGCGGCCUUUGCUGGUGCUUGCGAGAACGUUCCUCACUUGGACCUGCCGGCCCAGCGAUACCCGCCCACGCCACCUCCCGAGUAUUACUCACAGCAGCCGCCCCUGAUCCUGACGCCUCCUAGCUCUGGGCAGUGCAGCCCACAAGCUUCUGUUUAUCCGUUACCACCCAAGCCGGUGGCGCCCGUCGCCUCGUCUGGAAAUCUGUUUGCCCAUUUCCCGGAUCUCCGGCGAUGCGGUCAGAUGUUCGCCAACUUCAACAUGCCAGCGCAACACGCCUGGACUCCUCAGUGCUUUUAA